AUGGCGGACGACAUGGACCAGCAACAAACUACCAACACUGUAGAAGAGCCCCUGGAUCUUGUCAGACUCAGCCUGGAUGAGCGAAUUUAUGUGAAAAUGAGAAAUGACAGGGAGCUUCGAGGUAGAUUACAUGCUUAUGAUCAACAUUUAAAUAUGAUAUUGGGAGAUGUGGAAGAAACUGUGACUACCAUAGAAAUUGAUGAGGAAACAUAUGGAGAGAUAUAUAAAUCAACAAAACGAAAUAUUCCAAUGCUUUUUGUCCGGGGAGAUGGUGUUGUCCUAGUUGCCCCUCCAUUAAGAGUUGGUUGA